AUGUCUUCGUCCGAGAUCGAAAUCGUGUCCGAACCCAGCGAUCAGAAGAGCACGAGUCCAAACCCUAGCCAAAUCCCAAUUGUCGAUGUUUUCUCCGCUUCUGCAUACGGCGAUUUAGAGAAACUCCGGCAAUUUGUCGAGAACGACGGCGUUUCGAUCUCGAAACCUGAUGGCAAUGGAUACUACCCACUUCAGUGGGCCGCUCUCAACAACUUUGCGGAUGUUGUCCAAUACAUCAUCCUGCGUGGUGGUGAUGUUAAUGCCACUGACAAUGUUGGCCAAACCGCUUUGCAUUGGGCGGCGGUAAGGGGUUCAGUUGCAGCUGCGGAGGUGCUGUUGCAGAAUGGGGCGCGAGUUGAGGCUGCUGAUAUUAAUGGUUAUCGGGCAGUGCAUGUUGCAGCUCAAUAUGGUCAAACAACAUUUUUAAAUCACAUUAUUGCAAAAUAUCACGCUGAAUUUGAUGUUCCUGAUAACGACGGAAGAAGUCCCCUUCAUUGGGCUGCUUACAAGGGUUAUUGUGAUACAAUUAGAUUGUUGCUGUUUAGAGAUGCAGACCAGGGGAGACAAGACAAAGAAGGUUGCACCCCUCUCCAUUGGGCUGCACUAAGAGGAAAUGCGGAGGCAUGUACCGUACUUGUUCAUACUGGCACAAAGGAAGAACUACUAAUAAAAGAUAAGGCUGGGUUUACUCCUAUACAGCUUGCAUUUGAUAAAGGCCAGAGACAUAUUGGUCUGUCCCUCUCUAAAGCUCAGCGUGCACGAAACAAGGGCUGGAAGAAUAGACUUUUCCCUUGGAAAGAUGGGGAUGUUGGUUUUGCUCCUAUUUUGUUCUCUCUAAUAUUUUUUAACGUCAUUCUCUUCAUCAAUUCUGUUAUUUUCGCUUCAAAUAUGACGAGAAUAACUGCUGUUGUUGGACUUUGGGGAUGGACUGGUGUUUCACUUGGCUUCGUUUCGCUUGUAAUGUUCGUCCGAUGUAGCAGUAAAGACCCAGGUUUUAUCAAGGUGGGGAUGGAUAGCCAUUCUGAUGCAGAGGAUCCUUUACUGAACAUUGAUUUGAAUAGCUCGUCAAUCUGGACUGGAAACUGGUCUCAACUUUGUCCUACAUGCAAGAUAAUAAGACCUGUUCGCUCAAAGCAUUGUCCAACUUGCAAACAUUGUGUUGAACAGUUUGAUCAUCACUGUCCCUGGAUAUCCAAUUGUGUGGGCAAGAGAAAUAAGAGGGACUUUUUUAUUUUCCUCUGCCUGGGGACUGCAACAUCAUCAGUUGGAGCUGCUGUUGCAAUUCAAAGAAUCUGGACAUCAGUACCGUUCUUGAAAGGGGAAUCAUGGAUUCAUCAUAUUGUUUUUCAACAUCCAGGAGCUGUGGCUUUCCUUACCAUGGACAUAGCCAUUUUUAUUGCUGCAACUACUCUCUUGAUUGUUCAAGCAUCACAGGUCGCACGGAAUAUUACCACUAAUGAAAUGGCAAAUGCUGUAAGAUAUGGGUAUCUUCGUGGACCGGACGGACGUUUCCGCAAUCCAUAUAACCAUGGAUGCCGAAAGAAUUGCUCUGACUUCCUCAUUAACGGUUAUACAGAUGACAAUGAGAUUGCAUGGCCUCCUUUACAGCAAGUAGCUGGCUAG